AUGAAUAUGUGGAGAGACUAAAUGACUGGUACCUGUUGAAUCCUGAUACCUGAGAUCCUGAAGGAGGAGCCAAGGUGACUCUUUAAUGGAAAUAGAAAGCGAAAGUGAAGGCAGUGAGAGGAGCUGGAAAACAAGAGAAACAUCCACAGACAGAAACAUCUACAGGUUGGACAAGUGACUCAUCAUGGACAGACAGGAUAGAGUUGUGAAUCUCAGAGGGCGAGGUCCAGGUGAAGAGGACUCCAGGACAACAUCGAGACCCUCACGUUCCACAUCUGCAAGACAAAAGCAGAGAGUCCAGCAGCAGAGAGAGGAGGAGGCUGAGGAGUCUGUCCCCCCAGAGCUGGCCGGCUGGAUUAAAGAAAGAGCCAAGGCCCUGAAGAUCCGGCAGACGGACCGUCGCUGGGCCGCAGAGGUCGUGAAUGAUUUCCGUGAGAACCUGCUGAAGUUCCUGAAGAAAAAUGAUGACCAGCCGUUCUUCCAGACAGCUGAAUUCCUCACCUCUGGUAGCUACUUCGAGAAGGUCAAGAUUGACAGUCCAGAUGAGUUUGAUAUGAUGCUCAGACUUCAGGCUCCUUCACGUCUCAACAUAACACAGCUCGACGACGGCCUCUUCUACCGCAUCGACCUGUGUCGGCCGACCAGGACCUCAAUACGAGCCUUCAUUUUGGAGGAGAACCUGACCCUGUCCUCCAGCAAGAUCCUCAGUGAGAUGCACCGUCUGGUCCGCAAGUUCCUCAAGACUUAUAGAGUGCCUGAUGAACAUUGUCGCUGGGUGGUGAACAGGAAACGCCUCAACUCUCCGGCUGUGACUUUGUCUCUGUGCAGAACAGAUGAGAACAGCGAGGAGUUGAUCUCUGUGGACGUGGUUCCUGCUCUGGAGGUCCACUCAUCACAGGGCUGGCCACCCAACGUCCGUAAUGGACCAGAUAUUGACAACUGGCUCGGAAAGAAGGGUCGCCAAGAGAUCAGAAGUUUACCGUGCUUUUUUGUGCCAAAAAGACUGAAAGGACGAAAUCUCAGUGAAGAAGCAAAAGAGAGUUGGAGGAUUUCUUUCUCUCACAUUGAGAAGAAAAUCAUCACAUGUCACGGCAACAAGAAAACCUGCUGUGAGAGCAACGCCACCAAAUGCUGCCGUAAACUCUGUUUAAUGCUGCUGAAGUCUCUGAUUAAGGGCCUGAAGCAUCGUUUUCCCAAAGAGUUGGACGACCUCUGUUCAUACCACGGCAAGACAGUGUUCCUCCACCUGCUCUCUGAAAGGUUUGAGGACUCCAUGUGGGCUCCUCAUCUCCUCCCCUCCUGCUUCCUGCGCCUCCUCGGGGCUCUGGAGGACUCUGUUCAUAAAGGCCUCCUUCCUCACUUCUUUGUGCCUCAAUGCAACCUGUUUUCCCCGGGUGUGUUUCCCCGCAGAGUGCUGUCUUUCCUCGGCUCUGCUCUGGAGGAGCAGAGGAGGGAGGGUCUGCCUCUGCUGAAGCCCCCUGCUCCUGUCGCUUCUCUGAGCCUCGCAUCUCCUCCACCUCAGGACGACGCUCCUGUGUCACCGACACAAACAGUUCCAUCAGACACUAUGUUCCAUCUUGACUUGACGGUUAUGAAUAAGCAGGCGCUGGCUUUUGCUGUAGCUGUGGUUUGUGUCCUGUUUCUUAUAUGUGUGAAGUAGGGCAUUAACUGAAAAGUCAGUUUGUCGACGCAUCGACGUCUGCGGCACAAGUCGACGUUACUUUGGAGGAGUCGACUAGUCGUGUGCUAUUCUCUCUCUCCCGUCCAUCACCCGACAGGGCGUGAGCCUUCAUUCAGCGCAUAUCGAUACUCUCAUCUUUCUACAUGAAAACCUGGAGCACAGUGAGCAGUAGUGAUGCAGACCCGGCUCAGGUUGGUGCGGGUCUAAAAAAUGUCACUUUAUUUGCGGAGCGGGUCAAAAAAUUCCACAGUGGCUUAAAAAAAAAAAAAAGACCUGUGCAUCACUAGCACGAGGCCAAGACUGAAGGAAGAAGACAACUCAGAGUAGGAUUACUACACUGACUGUGAUCUCGAAAAACUAUGGUCUCAGUAAUGUUCUGUGAACCAUGGAAGCACAACCAAUAUUGAAUAAUAAUUUGAACAGCCAGGAUGUUUGGAUUAUUCUGUUCAUUUAUUUCAUGAAGACAA